GCACUAGCACAUUUUGUACAGAUUGUUUUGAAGUAGACUGAAUUUGCUUCUAUAAUGAUCUUUGUUUUAAAUUCAGAUUCUCUAUAAGCACUUGCCUAACUCGAGAAAACUUCCAGAUUAUGCUAUUGAGAAAGCUAAAGAGUUGAUGCAUUUAAAACCCAACAAAAAACUGCUACAAAAAGAGUUAAUCAAAUCCACAGGCAAAAUUAUCACUCUUAGAGAUCUUUCAAACAUUGCUGCUUCAUCUAAGAAGGUGGAAAGCAGGAAUGAUAUCACAACCUUUGUUACAACUUUAAAAGAAAAAUAUAGUGAAAGUAAAGUAGCUGCCGUUGGUUUAAUUACAAAUGAAGAUGCGGCAUCAUUGAGUUGGUUUGUAGAAACAUUUAAAAGAAACAACUGUUCCUGGUCUAAAACUAAUGCCAUAAUUACGGACAAAGACUUAAACGAGAGAGAUGUUUUACGUGCUUCUUUUCCUGAUGCAUCUCUUUUACUUUGCCUAUUUCACACUCUUAGAACAUUUAAUCGUGAAAUUUCCACUGUAAAACUUGGCAUCACAAGUGGUCAACGAACGUCUUGUCUAGAACUCAUUCAAAAAUUAGCAUAUGCAAGAUCAGAGACACAGUAUAAUGAAUUUUAUGACAUAUUUGUUUCUUUAUCGCCAACUACAGUUCUCGAAUAUUUUAAUAAUAAUUGGCACAACAUUCGUAAUGAAUGGGUCUUUGGCUUAAAUUAUGCUUGUGCUAAUUUUAUGAACACCACUAACAAUCGUCUUGAAAAUUUUAAUGGAAAACUGAAAGAAGUGGUUGAUUGUAAUAGUACUUUAGAAAAUUUUCUUGAAAAUUUAUAUGUUUUGUUAGCCUCAAUGCGAAAUGAGCGAGAUCACAAAACUAUUUUCAAAAUGCAGAAAAUUUGUAUAGACUUUUUUGAACCUAAUUCAGCUGAAUCAGAAUAUAAAAAUAUUUUGACAACAUAUGCAUUUGAGCAAGUAUUGAAACAAUUUUCCUUGCAUUCAGAAGUAAAUCUUUUUUGUGACAAUGAAAACUAUAUAGUUAAAAGCAGUGAAGGUAUGCUUAUAGUUACUUCUGAUUCGUGUGGUUGUAUGUUUAGAAAAUCAAUGGGUCUGCCGUGUCGCCAUAUCUUCGCAGUUCGCCAGUUGCUAGGUUUGAAUCUAUUUGAUGCCAAGCUAUGUCUAGAAAGGUGGACAAUAAAGUAUUAUCGUCAGCAUCAAAGAGUUUUUAAUACUUCUUCCAAAACUAAGGAGUCAUGUGUGCAGAUUAGUGUUGCUCCAAGAAAAAAAACAAUCCUUUCUCAGCAUGAAAAGUUUAAACAUGCACUUCGUACAACUUCACUGUUAGCUACAUUGGUUUCAGAGUCAACUGGACCUUCUUUUGAACAGAGAAUGGGUCUUCUACAAGAACUGCAGAAGGGUUGGGAGCAUGGCAAAGUCAUGGUGUUAAAUGAACUUAUUGAGACAGACUUAGGGGUAUCUGAUAUAGUCUCAAAUCAAACUUUUUCAGAUGCAGGAGCACCAAAUGAUGUAGAUUUAAUUGAAAUUUUGAACAAAGAGGAGGGAAAUGAGAUUGAUUUUAGAAAUGUGUCUUCAGAGCAAUAUGUUACUGUCAAUAAUUUGCAACAAAACCAAGAAGAAUGUUUUGUUGUGCAGGACGAAGCAGGUUUAGUAGAUACUCAGUUAAAAAAGAUUUGCUUGCCUCAAAAUGUUGUCCAUUGUGGACGACCUAAAGGUGCUACUCAUACAACAAUAGGUCUUCCUAAAAAAUGUCUUUGUCGGUCUUCUGAUGUGCCAGUUCCUUUUAUAAAACUUGAACCAGCUAAAAGACAUGCUUUGAUGCUUGGUUGGUUUUUAAAAGCUGAUGACGUACAGAAAGCUCUUUCUGGUACCCUUAUCAAUAAGAGUGCUGUAGAAAAAGACCGAAUUGUAUUCCCUCAUCUAUACUUGAUGAAAGUGCAUUAGAGUUACUUUCUUCAUUGCAAAUAUACUUUAGCUCGGAUGCAUGGAAAGCACUUGAUAAAGUAAUCAAGGCUAAAAAAAAUCAGCAUAUCUGGCCAUGUGCUGUAUCACAAGCGAAGGAAAUAAAACUGGUAAUGCAAUAGCAUGUGAUUCAUGCUUAUUGUGGUCACAUAAAAAAUGUGUAGGACAAAAAGAGAAUUCCUUUUUAAAAGCAAGGUAUUGGUUUUGUCGCACUUGUUAUGGAAGGUAAUGA